AUGGCUGUAACUGAGUUGAGCACCUCCCCCUUGCAACGGCCUCGUGCCGCAACGACGGCCCUGCCGGCGACAUCACAAGCCUCAACGCCCCGUCAACCAGUGCCGGGGCUUACUUCGAUGUUUCCGCCGGGCAGUCCCCCGCUGGGAGGCGAGUAUGGCAUUACAAGCACCGCUCAGGGGCCAUUGCGUCAUCCACAACCGCUGACGCCUUCGGACCUCCAUCUAGUGCUUGAGAAGGAGCAAGAAGCAAUGGUGAAUCGGUUGACCCGAGAACUGUCCCUCCUCCGCCAGCAAACAGCGUCCGUGGCAUCUACAGGAUCUUCUACCUCGAAUUUCAACGAACCGGAAGGCGCACGAGCGUCUCCCACAUUGAGUAAUUCAAAUCGCUCACAGUCUGCGCGACGGAACCGAUCCAGCUCCAGUCUUAGCUCGCACGCUUCAGCUACUCAAGUUCCGCAGACAGGAAGCAUUACCGGGAUUGCGCCGUCGCGAGAGACGAGCCAUCCGUCACGAAGUGAUCACUCACGCACCGUUCGCAGCCGCGAGCCGUCCCUCACAUCUCGCCGACCCUCGAUCGGAUCAUUGUCAACGUUCUCCCAUAGUAACAGUAGCGUGUACCCGCACCGCAAUUCCGUCUCGCAGACCCACUUGGGGUAUUCACCAGGAGCUUCCCUGUCGCGAUUUGAGGAGGCGACACAUCAUCGCCUAGAGCUGGAACAGACCAGGCGGGAGAAUGAGCAGCUCAGAAAGCGUGUGCGGGAGCUGGAGCAGACCCUGAAGAAACAACAGGAGCCUUCACCCUCGAGCGAGAUCCCAGAAGGGAUCAAUGUUUGA